GAGUCUGGCCCCGACUCCCACGCAGCAGGGGGCGCUGUUCGUAGUGGCGCAGGCGCGGCCUGGCCGCGGCAGGGCACCGCGGGAGGCGGUAAAGUGAGAGAGGCGGGGCGGGAGUUGGUGAGCGGCCGUUUGCAAACGCAGCGGGUCCGGGAGCGAGCCGGUUUGGCAUCAUCAUACUAUUGUGCUGUUACUUGAAACAGAACUCUUAGGAAACAAUCCCAGUGUUUAUAUAUGCUAGUCUAAGUGAAGGUCAGAAAUUCAAUUGCCACAGUCGAAUGAGACUUUUUUCAGUGCAUGACGGCACUGCAUUGGUAUUCUUGCAGAACUGAAGAAAUGAUGGCAAAUGAUUUAGACCAGUUUAUUGAAGAUCAAAAGGCCAAGUUGGCACAAGACAAAGCAGAACUUGAAAAUGAUCCUCCUUAUAUGGAGAUAAGGAGCAAAGGUGCAGAGAAGCUUUCUGAGACCAGCAAAGUGUUAAUGUCUAUGGCUAAAGAAAAUAUACCACCAAACAGUCAACAGAACUAUCUUCUAGAUGAAUAUGGCUUGAGUUUGCCUCUUGGAGAUGAAUAUGAAAGGAAGAAACAUAAGCUAAAGGAGGAACUUCGACAAGAUUAUAGACGAUAUCUUUCUCAGAAAAAUUAUCUGACAACGAAUGAAGUAGAUCCAUAUACUCAGGGACUAUCUCUUCCUAUAGGCGAGAGGAGGUCAGCCAAGGAGAAACUUCGUCUUGAAAGAAACAGGGAAUACAAUCAGUAUCUCAGGGACAAGGAAGAGUGGAAUGAAAGGUUAAGGAAAAUAGGAAAGAAAACUACAGAGCAUGAGACAGAAAGAAGUAAAAAAACUACUGCUAUUACUAGAGUCCAACCAGGACUACGUUCACAAAUACAGUCCUCUUGUGCAGAUUCAGAACCUCCCAAGAAAGAUGCUUUUACUUCCACGGAAGCUUAUGAAGAGCUACUAAAUAGGAGACGACUGGAGGAGGAUCCAUAUCGCAGACUAGAUGAUGAGGCUGAACUAAGAGAUAGAAUAUUGCACAAAAAACUUGAUGAAGAACUGAACAUUUCCAAUAGAAAGCAUAACAGGUUUGAUAGCAAACCUGAUAUUUCUCCUAGAAGACAUCACAGAUUUGAUGAGGAUUGUCAUUUUGAUAGAGGACAUUACAAAUUAGACUAUGAUCCUGAAAUAAAUGAGGAAAUGGACCCUAGAUUUAGAUAUGAAAGUGACUAUGACAAAAAGCCUCUGAGGGUGUUCCAUGCUGAAAGAAAUCGGGCACAAAACAAUUUUCCAACUAAUGAACAGGCAAAGUCCACCACUAGUAAAGAUGAUGUUCCAUAUGCAAUAGGCCUCAUUCUUGGCGGUCAAGACCGAGAACUUAUUCAGAAGAAAAAAGAGAAAUACAGACAAGAGCUAAUGGAACAGAUUGCUGAGCAACAGAGAAAUAAGAGACGUGAAAAGGAACUUGAGCUCUCAGUUGCUGCUUCUGGAGCUCUGGACCCAGGGAAGGAGCCUAACAGACUGAAGCAGUUUGGUUUGACAGAGAGAGCUUCUGAAGAGAAGGCACCACCUGAAAGGCCCAGAGUAGCUUUCCAAACUCCUGUACCUGCACCUACUAUUUCACCAGUGAAUGAAGACUUUCACAGAGGAUUAUCCAACACCCUUGGUGAAAUAGUGGCUCCCAGGAUUGCACCUCUGCCUCCACCUCCACCCCCAACUUUGACAGACAACUACAGAACUCCCUAUGAUGAUGCAUACUAUUUCUAUGGGGCUAGAAAUCCUUUGGAUCCUAAUCUUGCAUACUAUGGCGCAGGAAUGAUGGGAAUGCAUCCUGCACCUAAUAUUGAGGAUCUUCCAGGGAAAGUACCAGCAGAUCAGGCUGUAAGUAACAUUGGACAGAGAAACACAGGUAGACCCAGAGGUCUGGGAAUAUUUCCUGAAGAAAAACCAAAGCCCUUUAAAGAGUCAAUUUUAUCUUAUCAAGAAGAAUUGCAACAGCAGAUAAGAGAAAGAGAAGAACGACGCAGACGAGAGAAGGAGGAAAAGGAACAAUAUGAAGCCAAGUUAGAAGCUGAAAUGAGAAAUUACAAUCCUUGGGGAAAAGGUGGUGGUGGUGCUCCUCUCAGAGACACAAAAGGAAAUCUGAUAACUGACUUGAACAUGAUGCACAAGCAAAAUGAAGAUGCGUAUCAUAACCCAGAGGCAAGACACUAUCAAGAUAAAAGGGCUAUUGUAUCGGUUGACCAAAGUUUGGCCUCCCCAAGACCUGAGAACACAGAAGCAUCUACAAAUAAAAUAGCAGGUUUUACAUUUGCACAAACCUCUCCCUAUGUUCGAGGUAACAUAUUUAGUGAGCCACCAUCUGAACAACAACUUAUGCAGCAAGAGGCAUACAAGAAUUUUCUUCGUUUGCAGAUUGAGGAAAAGAGACUCAGGGAAGAGGCAGAGCGUGAAAAACUUAGAAUUGAAGAAGAAAAAGAAGAAAAGCGACUAGCUGAACAGAGAAGCAGAAUGCAAAAAGAAUAUGAAGAGGAACAGGAAAAGAAAAGAAGGAAAGAGGAGGAGCAAAGAUUAAAAAAUGAAGAGCUAAUUCGCUUAACUGAAGACCGACGAAAAGAGGCUGAAAAAAAGAGGAAAGAGGAGGAAGAAAAACAGAACGAACAACUUAGACAAUAUUAUGAGCGAGAAAAAAUAGCAAAGAUGGAAGAGGAAAAAAAGGUGUUUUCAAGGCAACCUUCUCCUGUCAUUCCUGCUCUUCAGAACAAGUCCUUAGAGAAGGAAGAGAGGCCUCCUUCUGUUGAAAGCCGUAUGUCUUAUUACACGCAAGAGAUUCCACAAUCCAGGGCUCUGUCUCCUCCAGUCCCUGCUAGAAGAAACCAGUUGCGUGCAUAUGAGGAAAGAAAAAAUGUGAUAAAUGAGCUGUCAGAGAUGAGGAAACAGCUCCGAAGUGAAGAACGGCGACUUCAGGAACAAUUGCUCAGUGUAGCCAGUGAUGAUGAUGUAGCUACUACAAGCAGGAAAAGAGAGAAAAAUGUAAUGGAUAUAUUUGAGAUGGCCAGGCUUCGGAUGCAAGCUCCAGUCAGGCGACCUUCAUCAAAGGGUGCAGCUGACCCUGUCAAUGUUCAGAAUAUCAGGGAGUUCAAUGAACUUAAAUACAAAGAUUCAGAAACACGAGCAGACUUGAGAUAUAUGUACCCCGAUCCUCCAGAAGAUGAUCAAACAUUAGAGAUUCAACAGCAGGCAUUGCUAAGAGAGCAGAGGAAGAAACUUAACAGAAUGAAAAUGAGGAGGGAUGCAGAAGACUAUGAUGAUUCUGGUCCUGACUUUAACCCACGAAACAUGGGACUGUUCAGAAAUGAAUCCAGUGAAUUCUUGAAAAAUUCACUAUUGGAGUCUGAGAGUGCUUUCAUUGGCACUAAUGGGGAAACCUUUCCAGCUUUUGAAGAAGUUAAUUUAUCUUCACAGCCACCGCCAUCUGCAAGGGAGAGGAGACGAAUAAAGAAGAAAGCAAUGGAAUUUAUUGAUGAUGUCCCUUUUAGCAAGUCUCCGCUGCCACAGCCUGACAGCUGCUCUUUGCACUCAAGCUCCAGUCUCAAUGUUGAUCAGCUGAAAGCCAGGAAUGAAGAACGAUUGCGAAGAUUGAAUGAGUUGCAGAAGAAAUCUGUUAACCUAGAUCUCUGGUUUGUGGUGGAGCAGGAACUGAUGGUGCAGUUGGUUCACUCCACCCUUUAUCACCUCAGACAAAACCAUGAGGGUGCAUGCACGGACCAGUGGACACUACUGCUGUCAGAAGCUCCAGCUCUGGAUUUAUGGCACGUGUGUAUAACCCUCAGUGGAAUACAGAUAGGGACCACACAUCUUGAAGAAUCUCCAGUUACAGGUGAUGAUACUUCCCUGGGAGAUGCUGAUGACAUUUUGAAGCAGUUUCUAUCUAAAGGUGGCAGAAGGCCCACCUCUGUUGAUACAGUAGCAACAGACCCCUGGCUGCGACCUGGAACAUCAGAGACUGUGAAAAGAUUUAUGGCUGGGCAGUCAAACCAGGCUAAACUUUCUUCUGAAAACACAUUACCCUUUGGUUGGCAGGGACUGUCAACUGCACAUGGUUAAAUAAAUCUAUAUUGAAACCAGCUGUGCCUUUAAUCAUAGAAGGAAUGUUAAUCACUACUGCACUUUUAACAUGUUCAUUUUAUGUUCUCUUGUAAGAAUAGUCUUAUAUGUAAAUAUUGUGAGCUAUAUAUAUAGGUUUUUUUUAUGAAAUGUUAAAAAAGCAGAAGUUGUAAUGUAACUGAUUUCUUUAAAAGGGAAAACAGACUGUGUACAGGAUGCUUAUUAUACCAAGAUAGGGAAGUGGAGGUUUUUUGCACUCUUUCUAUAAGUUACACUGGUCAGUAUGUUACUGAUAUUUCCAGUUUUAGAUUUGAAGCUUGUGUGAAUGUAGUAUUAGAUAAAAGAGAACUUUUAACAUAAAAACUCAGAAUCUAGAAUGAUUCUGCCAUCAUCAUAGCAUAAACAACAAAUCUUAUAUUCCUUUUACUCAAGUACUUCAUGUGAUUUUUACCUCAGUGCAGCAGUAGCUAUUUAAAAACAGUGAUAAGGGGUUGUUAUAGCCUGUAUUUGUCCAGUAUUCAAGAGUUACUGGAUAAAAAAUUUAUGUAAACAAUUGGUCAUUGCUGUUCCACUUACUACCAUUUUGCUUUCUUUUCCCAAUCAAUUGUGUACUAAAAUUUUAGUUAUACAUUUCUGCUUCUUACUGUUUGUGUUGAUAAUGCAGAUACUGUUGAGUGAGUAUUGUUAAUAUUUAAUUUAUGGUCAUGAUUUAAAACAAUUGAUGAAAAUAAAUUAUAUUUUAUUACCAAAA